CCAGAUCGUCAGAUGUAAUUCAUGUGGUCGAUUCGAACCAAUAGUUUUAAUAGUUUAAGAUCUCGCAAUGGCCAAGAUACUGCAGAAAUACAUUAAAUUUUCGGUCAAGGAGCUGGAAAACUAUGCCAGCAGCCCGGAGUCAUGCGUGCGUUGCAUCACCACGGACAUGCACCUAGCAAUGGGCCCGUACGGCAUGGCCAAUUUCAAGCACGCGCUCCACGAGCUCCUUAUCCGUACCAAGGUGGGAUUCUAUGACUCGGGGCUCGACGGGAUCGUCCUCGGAAUCAAGAACAUCAAGGUGCUCGGUCAAACGGCGGGUCUACGCGCAGACGAUCCCACCAUGCAUCUGGUCAUAAAUGCGGACUUUUAUGUCUUCCGACCGAAGGCGGGCGCCAUUCUGAGCGGCGUGGUGCGACACAUCUCCAGGCACCAUGUCAGCGCCGUCAUUUACCGGGUCUUCAACACCUCCAUACGUUUCACAAACCAGAGUGCAAGUCGCGAGGACAUCGCCAUGGACCAGGAGAUCAAGAUCCGCAUAAAAAACUUCGAUAUCAGCAACUUGAUGCCUUACAUCGAGGGAGAACUAUUGCUAGAGAAUGGCGAAGCUCCAAAGAACAAAUCCAUUAAGUUUGGCAGUCCCCCACCGGAGGAGAAAGAAGUCAAGAAAGAGGACCCAGAUGAGAUGUUAGAUGCUCUUAUAACAGAAAUUAAGAAAGAACCUGAAUUCACGCCGAGAAAGAAAACUUCAACAAAACGCAAGAAUGGGGAAAACGGUGACACUACAAAGACGAAAAAAGUGAAAAAAGAAAUAAAAAGCGAGCCGAUAUAGCUUUAAAACCUUUCGUUUUUAACAUCUCUGUAUAUAGUACAAAUUAACAAUUACAUAAUGUCGAAAUGUACAAAUUCAAUGCUGAAUGGGGCCGAGUCUUUACGUAGUUUGCAAUGCUGCUAUAGUACCAAUAUUCGAUGUACAUAGCGUAUGUCUUAGAGGUACAAUACCUUAAAUAUGCUAACACACCUUACCGAUUGAUCGCCACUGCCAAUGGGGUCAGUUGGAUAUGGUUAAUUGAAAACAGUUUUU